AUGGAGCGCGCUCAGCGCGACCUCCCCAAGAUCCGUGAUGAGGACCGCGAGUCGAUGUUCGGCGCUGUCUACAGUGUUUCCGGUCCUGUCGUCAUCGGAGAGAACAUGCGUGGAUGUGCGAUGUACGAGCUUGUCCGUGUCGGACACGACGAGCUUGUCGGUGAGAUCAUUCGUAUCGAAGCCGACCGCGCCACCAUCCAGGUCUACGAGGAGACUUCGGGCGUAACUGUUGGUGACCCCAUUCUUCGUACCGGCAAGCCUCUCUCCGUUGAGCUGGGCCCUGGUCUCAUGACCAACAUCUACGAGUGGGACUUCAAGCCCGCCAACUACAAGGUCGGCGACCACAUCUCUGGUGGUGACAUUUUCGGAUCCGUUUACGAGAACUCGCUCGUCGACAACCACAAGAUCAUGCUUCCUCCCCGUGCCAUGGGUACGAUCACUCACAUCGCCGAGGCGGGUUCGUACACCGUCGAGGAUGUCGUUCUCGAGACCGAGUUCCAGGGCAAGAAGACCCAGCACACCCUCAUGCAGCUCUGGCCCGUUCGUGCUCCUCGUCCCGUCGCCCAGAAGGAGAAGGCUUCGUACCCUCUCUUCACCGGACAGCGUGUUCUCGACGCUCUCUUCCCCUCCGUUCAGGGUGGUACAACCUGUAUUCCCGGAGCUUUCGGAUGCGGAAAGACUGUCAUUUCCCAGGCUCUCUCCAAGUUCUCCAACUCCGACAUCAUUAUCUACGUCGGAUGUGGCGAGCGUGGCAACGAAAUGGCUGAGGUCCUGGCGGACUUCCCCGAGCUCACUCUUGAGCGUGAUGGCCGCGAGGAGCCGAUCAUGAAGCGUACCGCUCUUGUCGCCAACACGUCGAACAUGCCCGUCGCCGCGCGUGAGGCGUCCAUCUACACCGGUAUCACCCUCUCCGAGUACUUCCGUGACCAGGGACAAAACGUCGCCAUGAUGGCCGACUCGUCGUCUCGUUGGGCCGAGGCUCUUCGUGAGAUUUCCGGUCGUCUCGCUGAGAUGCCCGCCGACUCCGGUUACCCUGCGUACCUCGGUGCCAAGCUCGCCGGAUUCUACGAGCGUGCUGGUAAGGCGCAGUGUCUUGGUUCUCCCGAGCGUGAGGGUACCGUUUCGAUCGUCGGUGCCGUCUCGCCUCCCGGUGGAGACUUCUCCGACCCUGUCACGACAGCCACCCUCGGUAUUGUGCAGGUCUUCUGGGGUCUCUCCAAGACCCUCGCCCAGCGCAAGCACUUCCCGUCCGUCGACUGGAACGUCUCGUACUCGAACUACCUCAAUGUUCUCGACCCGCACUACGAGAAGCACAACCCCGGCUUCGUCGACAUCCGUACGCGCGCCAAGGAGAUUCUUCAGAAGGACAAGGACCUUGCGGAGAUUGUCCAGCUUGUCGGAAAGUCGGCGCUCGGUGAGGGUGACAAGAUCACGCUCGAGGUCGCCCGUAUGCUCAAGGACGACUUCCUGCAGCAGAACGGUAUCUCCGAGUACGACCGCUACUGCCCCUUCUACAAGACGGUCGGCAUGCUCAAGAACUUCAUCACGUUCAACGACCUCGCGCAGAAGGCCGUCGAGGGCGGAGAGGUCACCUUCUCCAAGAUCCGCGACAGCGCCCAGGACGUCAUGUACAAGCUCUCGCAGCAGAAGUUCGAGAGCCCCAACACGCAGACUGAGGGCGACAUUACGGGCAAGUUCGACCAGCUCAACCAAGAGAUCCAGGAGACCUUCCGCCGACUCCAGGAGUAA